CGCGGAUAGAAAGAGCGAGGAUGUUUCUCAUUCCACCAAGGAUUGGCUGCAGGCCAAUUCUUAUCUGCCCAGGCGGAGACGCAUUGUAGCCGCAGUACUCGGUUAGCCUACAGGAGCAAAUUGCAACCAAACGCCCUGUAAACCGUUUGGACUUUGGGGACGCCUCACCAAAGCCUCGAGCCUGCUCGGGUCAUCUAUCAACUUUGGAUCGCUUCAAAAUAUUGAACAUGAUGCCCUGUUCGGUGUUCGAACGUCAGAGUCAGGGUGACACGCGGGUAAGGACACGGAUGAGGGCAUACCCUUGCCAAAGAUCCAUCUACAUUCCACUCCCUACGACAUUGUCCGAUCACCCCACAUUUGCAAGAGUUCGAUAUGCACGACAUCUGCAACACCUGGGCCUCUCCGCUACUCCCGCUCUGAGACAUGCAUAUCCGACUCCAUCUUUGAACUCACCAGUCUUCAGGAGGUUACCUGCACGACGGUUGACCUGGCAGUUUAAAGAAACAACUAGGAUAUAUGACCUAUUCGAUUCAGGACCGCUGUGCGCUAAAUCCCAUAACAUACAGGAUUAUUCGCGGAAUCCAUGGCUGACAUGCCGCAUCCACGUAUCCCCCACCGCUGUCCCGCAGUCAACUGCGGAUGAAUACGAAGCAAGUGUCAUUCAUGUUCACAACACCCGCCUUUGCCGGCUUCCGCUCUCAGGAUGCAGGGCGAGCUAUGAAUGUCUACCAACGUUCAAGGCUGAGACGAUUUGAAUACAAUGUUGAUGUGCAUGAAAGCUGCCUACGCUAUCCGCACGAUGCGGGGUUCUGUCAGCGAAAGGAUGCGUAGACAGUAGCGGCAAUCCUAUGAAUCCUCAGUAUGGC